UCAGACCAGGCCGCUCGUUUACAGCGGCUCGGCUUCGGUGUGUGUAAACUCGAGCCGCUCGCCGUCGUCGCUUCACACACAAACAGCACGGAAACCGUGGAAAGCCGCUCGCCGAAUUUUUUGUACCUUUCCGGGAAAAGUCCUUCAGAGAAAUAAUUACUCCAUUUCACAUCACCAAUGGCAACUAAACGUAAAUCCGAUGCUGGUGCCAAGCCCCAGAAGCGAGGUCGCAAGAAGAAGGAUGAUUAUGAUUCUGAUUUGAGCGACGGAGCCGAUUAUGUAGAGGAUAAAAGUGGAAAGGUCGAAGUACUGAUAUCCGGGUCAGAUGAUCUUGAACCCGUCGCGAAACUGCCUGAAGAAUUGUUGGCCACUUAUGACAAGACUCCUGGUAAGAUGCUGGUUGCCGGGCUUGUAACUUGGGACUUGACUGGACGGCGUGACCCCAAGGGCAAAGUUACGAAGAUCAGGCCGAAUUUAUAUACCUUCCAUAAAUUCACGGACCAAAUGUACCGUUUCGCAGUCAGCGGACCACCUUCCGCUCACAGCAUUCUAAUCAACAUGGACAGGAAAGCCAUGACUUUUGGCCGCAAUCAGUUCGGUCAACUAGGCCAACCCGAGCUUAGAGUCUACGAGAAACCCACUCUAGUUCCUGCUUUAGAAAACAUGAAUAUCAUCCAGGCAGCUUGCGGGCGCAACCACUCCCUCUUCCUCACAGAUACGGGAACUGUUUAUGCGUGCGGCGAUAAUAAGAGCGGUCAGUGUGGCAUUGGAAAUGUUUGCCCGACGGUCACUACGGCAACCAAAAUUCACUAUCGCGGUCCGCCAAUCAUUCGUAUUGGAUGUGGGGCGGAUUUCUCUGUAAUUCUCGAUAUUAAGGGAAAUCUUUACACAUUCGGUCUACCUGAGUAUGGUCAGUUGGGCCAUAAUACGGACGGAAAGUACUUUGUAAAUGCCAAUAAAUUAACAUUCCAUUUCGAAACAUCUCCAAAGAAAGUUGUUUUGUAUAUUGAAAAAUCAAAAGAGGGACAUGUCACGCCUGUGGACGGUGUUCAAAUUGUCGAUUUUGCAUGCGGAAAUAAUCAUACCGUGGCGAUUGAUUCAAAGAAGAGGGCCUACAGCUGGGGCUUCGGUGGAUUCGGACGCCUGGGUCAUGCCGAACAAAAGGAUGAAUUGGUCCCAAGGCUAAUCAAGUCGUUUGACAGUCAAGGACGCGGUGUACGAAGCAUUUAUUGCGGGGCAACUUACAGCUUAGCAAUAACUGACAUUGGACAGUUGUUUUUGUUCGGUCAGAACAAGAAGACGGGAGAGGCUAACAUGUAUCCCAAACCAGUGCAGGAUCUGGCAGGGUGGAAUAUAACAUGCAUUGGCUGUUCAAACACAUCGAUCGUCAUAUCGGCCGACGACACUCUCAUCGUCUGGGGAGCAUCACCAACAUACGGUGAAUUGGGUCUCGGCGACAUGCAAAAAUCUUCAACCGUUCCAAAGGAAGUAACACGCCUUGAAGGCAUGAAAAUUCCUCACGUUACAAUGGGUUAUUCGCACACAAUUCUGUUGGUCAACACAGACCAUGAAUUGACAAAAGAGAAAUACGAUAAACUGCCAGAGUUCGACAUUGAAGAUUAAAGGUCGUCCUGAGGAGAGGAAACCUUAUCUUCGUCUUCGGUCUAUGAACAUAGCACAUCGAGAGAGAGUGUCAGACAACUGUAAUCUAAUUUAAGCAUAACUGAAUCAAUAACAAGUAAUAAAAUCAUCCCUGGUGUCGGUUCAAUAUUUAAAUAAUCACUAGGCGAUAGUUAAAUUCAGUGAAGGCUACAAGCGAACAUCAGAGACAUACAAUUCAACACACCAAUCCAAAAACAGCCGUGAAGCAAGGGAGAAUGCAAAUCAAACCAGAUCACAACAAAGUAAUAAUAAUUGUUAUAGGAUAACUUCUGUAGACUUACUGUUAAGCAAGAAAAAAAAACAAUACGAGAAACUUAAUGCAGUGCGUAGAAUAGUGAAUGUAUGUAUUAAUAAUCCACUCCAAACACACCGUACCGUUAACGAAUUUCUUGUAUACCUUCGCAUUUUUAUACUCUCUAUAUACAUAUAAACCGCGUAUUUACUCUCUCUUCAACGCCGAACCGUGGAGUACAACAAAAACAAAAAGAAGAAAAAAAGAUAAAAGCCAUACCCUCAAGUUUUAUGUAGAAUAUUCAGGUCCUAGAAGGCGGGGCGAGUGAACAUGAUCGGAUAUUCAUACCAACGGCUUAGAUAAGGAUACUCGAAAGAUGGGCUCGAAUGAGUCGGUUCCUUUUUUGCUGAGUUUUGAGGAUUUAAAUAUUAGAUAAAGAACAAAGCUGCCGGCACAUGCAUCAGUCACAUUUUAUACUAACAUUCAAGUAAUGACCCAUAAUCCAUUCGACCAGGGAGAGAGUCGUGACUGUUCACUCGCACGCUAGGAAAACAACAAUAAGCAAAAACUAGCCAACUGUAGAAUAAUUCAACUGAUUUCAUAUGUUUGUAAUUACUUUAUGUCCUUCCGUGUUCAUUUUUUACUUUAAGACAUGCAAAGACGGAGUUAAAAGUUUCUGGAAGCAUAAGAUUGAGAUGGAGUUACAGGUUUUACUCCGUGGAACAGUCUCGUAGGACUCUUUCACAUUUUUUCAAUAGUUUGAUAAGUUCCAAUUAACUCAUGAAAAAACAUUCAAUUUUUACAGCUCAAUCGCAAGAUGUAAUGCAAUGUUUUGUGUAUUGUGUGCGAUUAAACGUAGAUAUUGAAGUUUGUCUCCUUUUGGUUUUUUUACUGUCGUAUUUUCCUCGUUCUAAGUAUUUUGCAAGAGUCGUGCCGUUGAUUUUAUGAGUUUGUCUGAUUUACGAUGUCCAGUAUUUUAAUUAGUCCUCUAUGUGCAGAAAGACGGAAUAUAUUAUUUCAAUUCUUUCUCGGAACAAAUACAAAGAAACAAACACGAAACUAAAUAAACCAGAAGUGCAUAUUGCCCUUAACGAAGAUAUUAAAGUAUACAUUGUCGAACGGGAAACCAUAAAAUAUAUACAGAAAAUAGAAGAGUACACAGUAUCGUGUGUCAGAGUAAUUCAUAGCAAAUAAAGUGAGACUACUAUGGUAUUUGUUAUUAUUAAUUACAUGAUGCAUAGCCUUAAAAUGAUAUAUAAAAUGCCACAGAUUUUAAGACAUAGAACAGACAUCGUAUCGAACCACAACUACUUAUUACCUUUACCUCUUCCCGUAUAUUAACACACACACACACAAAACGAUUAAGAAAUUAAAGAAAAACAUAUUUAGUUAAGCAAGUGAAAUACAAAGAGGAGAUUUUAAGAAAAAUAAAUGAAAAUAUAUUAUUAAAAGUACGAUUAUGCAAUUUAGAAGAUGAGAAAGAUAAUGGAUAAAUCUUAAGGUGGCAAAUAAAAUGGCAUACCAAAUGCUAAUGAAAAAAGAA